UUUAUAACCUCUCUCCCAUCCCCAUUGCCUCCAUCCACGGGCCAACGUCUCCUCCCUCACUACUACUAACAACUCUUUGAUAGGACUUAGCAUUCUCAAUGGCUCUUCAGGCUUCCUUCUUUCCUUCAGCUCUGUCCACCCAUAAAGAGGGAAAGGUAAGUGGUGGUGUUAAGGACUCGGCUUUCUUCGGGUUUUCGCUUUCGGACCACGUUAAAUCUGACUUCAGUUGUUCAGUUCUCAGGCGUAGUAAGAGAGUGAAUGUGUCGGUUGGAGUAAGAGCACAGACAGCUGCUACAGCCUCCCCGGCAAUCAACCGAGCCACCCCGGAAGGGAAGAAGACACUGAGAAAGGGCAAUGUAGUGGUCACUGGGGCCUCCUCUGGUCUGGGUCUAGCCACUGCCAAGGCACUGGCUGAGACUGGGAAAUGGAAUGUGAUCAUGGCCUGCCGUGACUUCCUCAAGGCAGAGAGAGCAGCCAAGGCAGCCGGCAUGUCCAAAGACAACUACACCGUCAUGCACCUCAACCUCGCCUCCCUCGAGAGCGUCCGUCAGUUCAUCAAGAACUUCCAAUACUCCGGUAUGCCGCUCGAUGUGCUGGUGUGCAAUGCUGCUGUCUACUUUCCAACUGCAAAUGAGCCCACCUACACAGCUGAAGGAUUUGAGAUGAGUGUUGGAGUAAACCACCUUGGCCACUUCCUCCUUGCCCGUGAGCUCCUUGAGGACUUAAAGAACUCUGAUUACCCCUCAAAGCGUCUCAUUAUCGUCGGUUCGAUAACAGGGAACACAAAUACUUUGGCCGGAAAUGUUCCACCAAAGGCAAAUCUUGGAGACCUGAGGGGGCUUGCAGGGGGCUUGAAUGGACUGAAUGGCUCCACCAUGAUUGAUGGUGGACAGUUCGACGGAGCGAAAGCAUACAAGGACAGUAAGGUCUGCAACAUGCUAAUGAUGCAAGAAUUCCAUAGGCGAUACCAUGAGGAUACUGGCAUCACAUUUGCUUCCCUUUACCCUGGCUGCAUUGCCACCACUGGCCUCUUCAGAGAGCACAUCCCCUUGUUCAGGCUCCUCUUCCCUCCGUUCCAAAAGUACAUCACGAAAGGCUUUGUUUCUGAGGAUGAGGCUGGCAAAAGACUUGCACAGGUGGUAAGCGAUCCCAGCUUGACGAAAUCUGGCGUAUACUGGAGCUGGAACAAGAACUCGGCAUCAUUCGAGAAUCAGUUGUCAGAAGAGGCCAGCGAUCCUGAGAAGGCUCGGAGGGUGUGGGAGCUCAGUGAGAAACUGGUUGGCCUGGCUUAAUGCCUCUCCAUGUCCAACUGCGCUUAAUGCAUCUUCAUGUCAUCAGGUGUUUUGUGUCACCUUUGGCUCAGCUUGUGUGCUCAUCAAAUACCACUGAACACCAAGUCAUGUUGUUUGCAGUGGAUUUGUCUGUAGAAUUUGGUUGAAAAAUUCUGUUGUUGAGAUAAUAAGAGUGAGCACAUCCUUUUUCCAGACACAGAU